CGCAUUUUCAGCAUAUAGACAUUGCGUGCACAUUAAGCGGUGUGUUUCGGGUAGCCAUUUUUGUGAAGUAAUUGUGUAAACACGUCGUAAACUAAGCUAUAUUACGCACAGUUAUGUCUGGCGUGCAAACAGCAGAUAAUGACGCAUGGGCUUUAUUAUCCCUUAACUCAGCACCAUCUAGCCCCUCUAAAGUUUUAUGGAGCCCGGAACCUAAUGCUGCCGCUAUUGCCAGGUUAGAAGGCAGGGAAUUUGAGUAUAUGAUUAGACAGAACCGAAUCAGUAUAGGUCGAAAUAGUAGCCGAGGUGAAGUGGAUGUGAAUAUGGGACAUUCCAGUUUUAUAUCCAGAAAACAUCUGGAAAUAUAUUUUGAGAGCCCAAACUUUUACAUGAUUUGUAACGGCAAAAACGGGGUUUUUGUUGAUGGAGUUUUCCAACGGAAAGGAGCUCCUCCACUGCAGUUGCCAAGAACAUGUAUAUUUAGGUUUCCUAGUACAAAUAUCAAAAUAGUAUUUCAGUCACUUAUUGAUGAAAGCAGUCCUCCAAGUAGAUCCCUUCCUGAGUUAAUGCCACACAAGCCUAUGGCACCUUUACGGAUAAAUAUACCAGACUCAGAAACCCAUUUCAUAAGUCCUGCACCUUCUCCUACAGGUACUAUAAGUGCUGCCAAUUCUUGUCCUGCAAGUCCUCGUGGAGGAUUGAGCAAACGAAAUAUUGCAAGUGAACUUCAGAUGGUGGCAGCGUAUGCUGCAGCGGCUGCUACCUCUAACAGUAGUAAAGUAGACCAGAAACUUCAGUUUGCCAACAACAGUGAUGGACAGCCUCCUCCAAACAGUAAUGGAGCGGGGUCAAAAGAUGAAAAACCACCUUAUUCAUAUGCUCAGCUUAUUGUACAAGCUAUAUCAUCAGUGCCAGAUAGGCAGUUAACUCUCAGUGGAAUUUAUUCAUAUAUUACAAAAAACUAUCCAUUUUACAGGACUGCUGAUCGAAGUUGGCAGAACUCCAUCCGUCACAAUUUAUCUCUUAAUCGUUACUUUGUGAAAGUGCCAAGAUCACAGGAAGAACCUGGUAAAGGCUCUUUCUGGAAAAUAGAUCCUCAGUCAGAAGCGAAAUUAGUCGAACAAGCAUUUAGGAAACGACGGCAGCGUGGAGUUCCAUGCUUUCGACCACCAUAUGGAGGCCUGUCAUCUCGAUCUGCACCAGCAUCUCCUAGCCAUAGUGGUAUGAGUGGGUUAGUUACACCAGAUUCUCUUUCUCGGGAGCCUAGCCCUGUUCCAGAAAUUAAUCCUCAAGAAUCUGAUGGCAACCAGUCUUACUCUUCAAAUCUUCCUCAUUUUUCAACACCAGCAUCUUAUCUUCCAGUGCCUGGCAGUGAAUCAAAACCCUGUUUCUCUAAUCCUGGAUCCCCUCGUGGUUACAUGAACAACUCAACACCACAGAACAUAAGUAGCAGCCUUCAGCCAUCUGCUCAUUAUAUUAAACCAAGGGUAUAUAUACCUGUACAGCCACAAAACAUGGUUAGCAAUGGAUUACUGGAUAAUGGAAUACAUGAUGAAUUUCAGCAUGGCUCUGAGAAACUGUAUGGACAGUUAAUGUAUCCCCAGAGAAAUAAUGAUUUACAGCCAAUCGAUGGAACUUCCAGGCUACCUCAGCAGCCUUCAGUUAUCAUGCAAGCUCCGUCAUCACUGACUGCCAGUUCCUAUGGUCCCCAACCUUGCACAGUGUCCAUAUCCACAAGUGCUGCAUCCAUUGAGUGUCCAUUUUCAACAAAUUCUUCUGAGCAAUUGCUCAAAGGUGCAGAUUCUGAACAGAUGAGGUUGUCAGUGUCCGAAAAAUGUUAGUGCCAGACUGGAAUGAAAAUUUUAAUCGGGGAUGAGAUUGUUAUUUAGAAAAGUUAUUUGCCAGAAUGCACAUAUGUUUCUGGCAUGACCUUUUGCUUUCAUUCCACAUGUAACCUAAAAUAACGUAAAACCUAGAGGGAAAGUAAAACAUUUUGGAGUUCUCUAGACUUUUUAAAAAUAUCCUUUUUUUUUUUUUUUUUUUUUUUUUUAACAUUUAUUUAUAAUUACCUGGCUGAAGUGAAAAGAUUUUUAAGUUAUCAAAUUAGAGUGUUGUUUAAGAUGGUAUGAUACCUAAUAAUGGUUAUUUGAAUCACUAUAGUGUAUCCAAAUUGCCUUAUUGCGUUAUGUUACUGUAAAAUGUAAGCAAAAGGUUGUACGGCUACAUUUCAGCAUUUCCUUGAUCAAAGUGCUUUGAUAUAAUAUUUUGAAUGUCUCUUCCUCUCAUUUGUUGGAGAGUAUUAUUGUCCUUAAAACAAAUGAGCUUUGCAAUAUUUUCCCUGUUCCCAACAUUUUCAUUCUAGAUUUGUGUUUAAUUUUUGGGGGUGCGGAUUCUUAACCACAUAUCUUUUUAAGUACAUAUUCUCCUUCGUAUCUUUAUUUUCAUCAUGUUCUGUGAAUAUGAUAAAAUUAUUCUUCACAUUAGGUUGAAAUGUGGCAUAAUUAUUAUUUAAAGUUAAGAUUAAAUAUAUACAAUUGGAAAGUAUAAAACUUGCUUCUUUCGUGAAGCAUUAAAUUUGAUGAAUGCAGGGAUGCAUAAAUGAUAAUUUUUAAUAAAUUUAAGUGUCAGAAGUGUUUUAUUAACUUGUUUUUAGUAAUAAUAUUUUUCAGCUCUAACAGAACAUUUUGUGGCUAGAUGAAAGCUGAGUUGACUGUAUGCCGUGGAAUUUUCCUGUGGAACAUUAAAUUAUUUUUUACACAAUGUUGACUAAGAUAUUUAAAAGUGAAUUAAGGAACUUUACAAAUAUUUUCUUCAUCUUCUGAAGAUACCCUUUCUAAUGUAUAAUUAUGGUAUUUUCUUCAAAAAAAUGGGAGAAUAAUAAACAUAAAAUUCAUAAGGUACAUGAGAAUUUUACACCUAGAAGAAAUGUUACAUUUUUUAUGCAUAUAUUUUUAAAAUUAUUUAUUGCAUUUAAUUUUGUAAUGAUUGUUUUGAAAAUAUGUUUUCAGUGAAAAGGUAAUACUAAACAAAGAUAUGUUUUCACUGAAAAAGUAAUACUAAACAUUAUUAUUCCCCCUCCUGAUAUUAAGCAUAUAUUAGAAUUUUCUUUUCAGACACUGUAGUUCAAGCAUAAAUUUUAUAGCUACAUACUUUACACAACAUAUAACAAUAACUUGCCCUUUUUUUCCCCCUGGGGUAAUAUGUGUGCAUCCCUGCCAAAGUUAAAUUUUACAAUUCCAGUAUCAUUCAUAAGGUUCAUAUGCUUUUUUAAAGUGCUGAAAUUUUCAGCUUUUAAGAAUGAGUUUCGAUCACCUUCCUAAGCCAAAAUCAUCAAAGCCAAAGGUAACAUUUAGUAAUAGUCAUUUGAAAAUUUUUAUUUAGUCAUUGGUGUAGUCACUAGCUAUAUUUUUGUUUAAAGAAAACAACUGUAAAAAUCUCUAAUCAAGAAAUUUUCUGAAGAUAAUAUCAGCAUUGUUCUUUCUUUUUAAAAUAAUUAAAGCUGUUCUACACCAAAAUCAUCUAAUUUAACUUGCUGAUGCUCUAAAAUACCUGUGAUAUGUUUUAUUUGAAAAUGAAUAGCUUUAUGUAUAUACUACUCUAAAAGGGUAUUUAUAAAUAUUUCUGGAGAGAAAUUCAUGUGAAAGUUUUUGUGCUUCCACAGUUUGUUUUAUGCAGUCAAAAACUGGAAUUCUUUUAUAAGUUUACGAACUCUUACACUGAGCUAUACAAAAGACAAUUUAGUAUUUACUAAUAAUCUUACAAAACAAUAUGAUUAGGUAAAUUUUUUGUUAUUAUGAAAUAGGGUAUCUAAAUUAUUAAGCCAUAUACUUAAUAAGUAGGCAUAAGAACAUGUGGAUUUAAGGUAACAUAUUCGUUUUUAUACAGGACAUUCUUGUGUGAAUGAUCAAAUUUUUUAGACUCAUGUCGCAAAUGUUAAUAUUUAAAUAAUAUUGUGGAUUUGUUGUUAUCCUUCGCAUACAAGAAUUGUUAUUCAUGUGUUGUUCAGAGUACACAUAUUUCCAACAUUUUGUGUUGAGCUUUUCUCUGUUCCUUGCCCUUCCUCAUUUCAUACUGCAAAGAAAAUUUAAAUUUUUAAAAAGACAUGUAAACAUAUCAUCCCUAAUUAUUUUUUUCACAAGUUUGAAAGCUCUUUGCAUCAUUGGGCUUGUAUGUCAUGCUUGGGUUUUUGAUUUAUCAUUGAAAAGAUAAUGUAUGAUUCUGUCUUUGUACAAUUAUGAUAAAGGAAGAAAACAGCAUUUCACCUGAAAGUGGAUGUUGUCAAAAUUGUGAAAACGGAAAGAGACAGUUGAACUGGAGAAAAUGUAAUAAAACCCAAGAUGGCAUAAUAAAAGUAUCAAUUCUGUGUUCUAGCAGUUUUUUGUAUAAAAGAGAAAAAGAUAUAUGCUAUAAUCUACUUAUAUAGUCCCUUGCAGCUUUUGAAGCAGAUUAAUAUGGGAAAGCUAAUAAGUAUUAUUCAUUUUGAUAUGAGUUUUGAGUAUGUUUAACUAUGUAAUACAUAGGUUUUAAGUAGAAACUCAUUUCAGGAUGAUUAAUGCCUUUUUAAAAAUUGUGAAUUGUACAGAAAAGUUAUAGAUUAUAUUUUAUUGUAGAAUUCUUAUUCAUUGUUGACUUUUGUUUGUUAACUGGUGAGAACAUUGUAAUAUUGUUAUAUUUUGUUUAAUAUUAAAAUUUAAAUUUUUGUUGAAAUUUCCAUGUUUUAAUAUUGAAAAGACAUGUGCAUUUUGUUAAAAAGUCCAGAUUUUCUAUAAUAUAUAAGAAAUAAUGUAUGCAAGACAUCAGAAUCAUGAUAAAUUUGGAAUUCUAUCAAAUUAUACAUUUCUAUCAAUGUUUUUGCAGUAUAACACAAAUUUUAAAAAUCACAAUUUCCAAACAAUUUUUCUGAAUUGUAAGAAAUGCAACCAGUAAUUUAUAUAUUCUUGAAGAUGGCAUGUUAAGAUAUACAUUAAUAAGUUUUCUGUUUAUGGUAGAUGUUCAUUCAUUUUAUCGGUUAAGUAAUACCAGCUGACCAGUUUUUUACUUAAUUUUUUAAAUUUUGUUUGUAAUUUUUUUGUGUUUAUUUGGCUUAGUUGUGGUUUUAGUACUUAGGAGAAAAAUUUUUCAAAUUAAUAUCAUAUUGCACAUAAUAAAAUCUCUUGCAAAGUUUAAUAUAAACUUUUUUCUGCUGUAUGAAAUUGCAUUCCUUUUCAUUUAUUCAUUAUAUUCUUAUUUAUUAUAAAAAUUGUAUUUUUAAAAAUGUUCUGUGCUGAUCUUGAUUAACUUUCAGUGAUUAAGAAAAUAAAUUCUAUAAAAGUAAUUUAAAAAAAAUAAUUUAAAAAAAUUUUUUCAAUAUAAAGUGCUUAUGCAGCUCAAAUUAAGUAAUUUAAUUCUUACUGUCUCUUCCUAUUUCAUUUAAAGCAACCUGGAACAUCUGUCUAAACACAAAGCCUGUUCAGAAUUAAUUUGAAAAUGUGAACUCAACUGUUAACUCCAUUUAGAAUUAAUUUUUAGUAUAAUUUUCUAGUUCAGUACUUUCCUUUUUGAUUUCAUGAUAUAAAUUAAUUUUUAUGCUUUUUAUGGGGGGUUAACAUUAUCAUUACAUAAAUUCAGUUGGCAAAAAUGAAUACUAAUUCUAAAUAUGUGCUUCCAGUUACAAAAUUUCUCAAAACAAGAUAUAAAAUUUUAUGGGGACAGUUUCAAUAGAGUUAGAUUCUGAGUAAAAUAUAAUUUUUUAUGUGACCUUCAUAGAGCAAUAAUUUCAAUCAGUAAAAUACUCAUUAUAUUUUGAUUAGUUUUACAAAUGUAUAAGCAAACAGUAAAAUUAUAAAACAAAUUAAUUCCAUACUUUUAUGUGCAAUAUUAAGGAUAAAUUUAUUCACUUUGAUCAAUGAGUGAUUAUCAGAACAGUUUUGAAUGUAUUGCCAGUUGGAAUUUUGCUGAACAAAAGCCAUAAAAAAUUACGAUUUUAUAUUUAGGGUAUCUUUUUACUCAUAGUGUUAAAACUGUGCUCAUAAAAUUCUGUAUAUUACAUUGAGAAGUUGUGUAAAGGUAUGUUAACUUAGAUUCUCCAUAGAAAGUUCCAUCUCAUUCAGUAUUUUUAAUAAGAAAUAUCUUUUUCCAUUAACAAAUUUUAGUAUACAACAAAAAUGUUUUAAUGUCACUAUCUGGAAUGGCCACAAAAUAAAUUUUUUAUUUACCUAUGAAACUUCAUUUUUUAAUGUUUAAGAUAUUUCUGUUCCCACUUUUAGAAUGAAUUUAAAAAAUUAAUAAAAUCUAAAGGAGUUUUGAGAAGGUUAAUUUUUAAAUUAGUGAGUACAAUCUAAAUUGUGUAUAUGAUCUUGCAUGCAUUAUUACUGAACCCCAAUAAGGUUAAAUUAUUAUGUAGAUAUAUAAAACCAAAUUUCGAUAAUUGUGCAUCGAGCUUAUGUGCUGGGACUAUUUUUUUAUGAAAUGCCGUUUAAAUGAAAAAUGAAUCUUAACAUUUCAGCAAAAAUUAUCAAACUUUAUAAAGUAUUAGGAAAAAAUUUACAUUUCACGUUAAUGCUUCCAAUCACAUAUAGGGAUUACUGUUAUUUUGAGGCAGGAAUUUAAGCCCAAGACACGAGUUGAAAUUUCAGGAGGUGCAAACACUAAAUUUUCCAGGAGUAUGGAGAAAGUUGGGUGUUAUUGUUUUGAUGCCCAAUAGUCCCUUAUUAUUAUUAUAUUGAUCAGUAAUAUUUAAAUACAUGUGAAAACACAGUUGAAUAAGUAAUAUUUUGAUUUUAAGGACUUUUUUAAUUUACAUCAUUUCUAGAUACCUGAAAAAAUUAGCUUUAACUUUUCUGUAUAUGCAAAUAUAUAUUUUAUUCAGUAAGUAGGAAAAAAGACAGUUUUUUUACUAAGAACUUAUUGAUUUGAAUAGCUGAAGAAGAUUAAAACUGUAAAAUAAAUUUACAUCAAUGUCUGUUUACAUGACAUAUAUUUUUGUGUGUAUAGAUAAAAAAUUGAAUGUGUUCAUAAUUUUUGUUUAUAAUGUUUGUGCAUAAAAUAUUGACUUUCGUUAUUCAGGUUUCUAAAAUGGCAAAGAAUCUAACUUAUGAUUUAAAUAUUUGAGAUGAAUAUAAAUUUGUGCAUUAUUAUUUGAAGUUUUAUAGCCUCAAAAUUAUUUUUAAAAACUCAUAUGUGAUUGGAUACUUUAAAGUAACUUACUAGUCAUAUUACCCAGUGUAAAAUUACAAAUGAAUCAUGAAAUUUUAUUUCACAGCUAAAGAUAUAUUUGCUUUCAUAAUACAUAUGCUAUAUGUAUAAUUUAAAUAUAUAUAUUUGAAAAAAAUUGGUUAUGUACUAUUUUUCAUAUUAGUUUUAUAGCAUAAAGUAAUGUAUGCAAAGAAAUUAAGAAAAUGCUGACUGUAUAUCAUUUUUCUUUUUGAAGUUUACUUUAUCAUGCAGAGAAAUUAAAAAAAAAAAAAAAAAAAAAAGUUUCUUGUCAUUAUUGUUGACUGUGCCUAUAAUAGCAUUCCAUUUUUGUGUUCUGCAAAUAAUGAUAAAAAAGAAAGUCCCCCCUCUUAUUACAAAAUUUUAAAUUUCACUUGCCUCUGCACUGGAUUAAUAGUUAUAUGAAUGUUUUUUAUAUUUGGAAUAAAAUACAAUUGUCUGUAUUGGAGUUUGAAUUUUAAAAAUACAGACAAUAACUUCAUGUAUUCCAUGUUUAAUUGAAGUUUGCCAAAAAGUAAUAAAUGCUUAUUCACAUUCU